AUGACCAUUAGUGAGAGUAUACCCCUAGAUGCAUGCAAUGAAGAAAUACAAAAGGACGAUGAUGAAAUAGGCCUACUAUCGGAGAGCGCAGGGGAAGACAAAAAUGAGGACUCUGAUUGGGUGAAACGACAUGACCGAGGAGAGGGGGCAACCCCCCGGAAGAAGGAAAAGGAUUGCAGCAAAAAGAAUGCAGACGGAAUUGACUCGAAACUCGGAUUUGACAUCAAAAAUGUGUUGACACAUGCGUACCUCCCCGUGUGUAUAGAAAAAAUGAAAGAAGGAGAAUAUGUGUACAAAUGGAACAGCAGUAAUAUUUUUCAAAAGAAGACGUUGAAAUUUUUCUACCUAGAUGAAAAUAAAAACCCAAUUUUGUACAUAUGGGAUAUCAUAAAAAUAUUGGAUGGAUCAGAAUCUUCCUUUUUUAAAAAAAAAGAAGAAGAAAAAAAUUUAUCUAUUGAAAUUAUAAGUGCCCAAAGGAACUUGAGAAUUACUUUCCUCGAUAUACAGAGGUGGAAGAUGUGGCUCUUUGGCUUGAUGUAUUAUCAGUACAAGUUUAUUAACAAAGGGUCAGGUAAAAAGAGAAUGAAGUCUUUCAUAUGUGAAGGAAACAAACUAUACGAUAAUUACAUCAUUUCUGGCCUGAAGGAUAUCAAUGCAUUGACCCUAUCCCAGCUGUAUAUCAUUCUCAGAAGCCUGAACAUUUAUUUGAACAUGAAAAUUCUGUAUCAUUAUUUUUCCAUAUAUAAAAAUAAAGGUACUGUUAACUACGUAGGUUUUACUAAAAUUUUGGAACAUAUUUUUUCAAAUAAACAUAUUACCACGUACUUUGAUAUGUAUAAGGGGAAGAACUCCAGCUGUAUAGACAACAGGAACUUUAUCGAAUUUUUGAUUGAUGUGCAGUGUGAGGGGAAAUGUGAGGAGAGAAUCUUCACGGCGCGUCAAGUGGAUCAUGAAUUUUUCGUUCACGAGGGGAUGCGCGGAAAGAACGGACUACAAACCUUGUCAUCGAGCGCUGUUAUUUCCACCUCGGUUGGGCAAUUUAAUGGAAGAGGCGACACAGAAGGAGGAGUACCCCUUGCAAGGGAUCCUACACAAAGGAGUGGUACCAAAAAUGCAGAAAAUAACUCUAAAGGAACCCACCUGAGGAAGGAGCAACAAUGUGAAAAUAACCCCUGCGGAGAAGGCAAUUCGGUUGGUAAGCACAAAUCAAGAGAAGACAUCAUCCCGUCCAAUUCUGUGAAGAACAAUUUUGGCAACUAUCAGUGGGGAGGAACCAUUAUAAAAAAUAUGAAUAAGGAGGGGGUUAAUCAAAAUGACUUCCACUUCGGGGUGGACACUUUACCAAAUGCACUUCUCCUGCCGGAAAAUUGGAUGUGCCAGGAUGAAGACUACACCACCGUGUUAAAUAUACUGAGAGAAAAGUUAGGGUUGGGCACCGCAAAGGGGAAAACAGGCGGAAAUCGGAACGGUUACUCAACCGGCGUGGGAUACCAAAGCGAUAGCUUAAGUGCAAACAAAAGGUGGGACAGUGCAAAGAAUAGGCGCACCUAUCAUAGCGGUCACAACAGUGAUAGUGCAGGCAACGCCAAAGUUAGUAAUCACCAUGGAGGAAAGUGCACCCUCCCACAGGAACACCAACGAAGUGAGCAAAACGAGUCCUACUACAUUAGAGCCAAAGCAAUAUAUAAACUGCUAAACACGAUAAAGAAAUACAACAUCCCAUUUGUUAUGAUUAAUGAGGAGAAGCAUUACUUGACACAGAUCGGGUUGGUCUACUUUCUUCUCUCAAAGGAAAAUAGCAUAAUGUGUCCAGAGUAUUCUAAAGUUUACCAAAAUAUGAAUUUACCCCUUUGUAACUACUGGAUUAAUAGCAGUCACAACACCUACCUUGGAAGAAAACAAAUCUUCAGCUCAAGCAAUAUCGAACAAUAUAUUUACAUCCUCAUAGAUGGAUGUAGAUGUGUCGAAUUCGAUUGUUACUAUUUUAAUAAAAACAUCGUUGUUUAUCAUGGCUUCUAUGGAUACAAAUUAACCUCUUCCAUCCUUUUCUGUGACACCCUCAUUGCGUGUAAGCUCUUCGGAUUUACAACCUCCCCCUACCCCAUCAUCCUGUCGUUAGAGAUUCACUGCAAAAAUAAACACAAAAAUUUAAUAGCUAAAAUAUUGAUAUGCAUUUUAGGGAAGCAGCUAUACAUUCCAAAAAGUAGAGACGAAAUUAAUAAUAUAACGCCGCAUAAUUGUAAGAACCGAUUUUUGGUAAAAUAUAAACACUUUGGGAAUAAUGAGAACUCGGGGUUCUACUUCAUCUUUGAAGGUCUGCAGAGCGUCAUGUAUGAUGAGUUGGGGUACAUUUCCGACAUCGUUGGGGAAGACGAUGAGGAGGAACAGGAUGGCCACUUGGGGGGCGUACACAACCUUCUUCGUGAUGAAAGCGGCGAAAGUGGUGACAGCGAUGGUAGUGAUGAAAAUAAUUUUGAGAGAAACCAUAAUCGCUGCAUCGGGGGAAGUUCAAACCACCAUAACGAUGAUGACAUUGAGAAAAAAUUCGACAGCUACAUAAAGAACAGCAUCCAGAAGGGGUACAUCCACGAACGGAAGAAGCGAAAUAUCUACAUGAGCAGUCUGUGCCAUGACCCUGACGCUGUGGAGGACGACCAGCUGGAUGACAACCACCAGGUGGUAAAAGGCAUGAAACUUUGGAGAAGAAAAAAGGGAGGAAAAGGUAACAGUAAGAGAUCCACUUGGGGGGAUGAUGAUAUUAACCCGCGUAAUGCCCCCCCAAAUGACAUUCCUACAGAAGAAGAUGAUGAUGGUCGUGCCCCCCUUCUGGCUAGCCAAAAAAUCGUUAAUGGAACUACGGAAGAGGGCGAUAAAAAAACGGUAAAUCAAAACGCAAGAAAUAAUAAUAACAUACUAAAUGAGUACUCCUGCCUGAAGGGAUACGCGUUUCAGAAUUUCUGCGAAAAUAGGACAUACAACGAAAUAUGCUCGAUUAGCGAAAAUAAAUUUAUCAAGUUGAUUAAGAAGAAUGAAGAUGAGAUAAUAAAAUAUAACCAGAAGACUUUAACCCGAGUGUACCCUUCUGGGACAAGACUGGCGUCCACCAACUUUAAUCCACUCAUUUUCUGGAGCGCAGGAAUCCAAUUUGUGGCGUUAAAUUAUCAGUACAAUGGGCUGAGCAUGCUGCUCAACAAAGGAAGAUUUCUAGAAAAUGGAGGAAAGCACUCAGGGUACAUCCUAAAGCCAGAAAUUUUACGGUUUAAUGAAAAAAAGGACUACAGCAUUUUGCACCUCGACCUGCAAAUACUGUCUUUGCAUCAAAUCAACUUAUUAUUCUCCAUUAAGAAUAAAUAUCAAGAGAAGAAAUUAAAAAAAAAAUUAUUCAAAAUGGAUAUGAUACAACAUAUUCAGACACACAAGAAAUUUAACAAAAAAAUGAAAAAUUCUAAACAAGUACAAAAAUUAGAAAAGGAAAAAAAAAAUUUCUUUUUCUCAGAUGUACAGUCAGAUGACAAUAAGAAGAAAAAAAAUAUAAGUCAUGAAUUUCUCAUGAAAAAAUUUAACGAUAAUGACAACGACGUGAAUUAUAUUCAUAGCAAAUGCUUGAAUGUGGAAGAGAAAUAUGAGGACAUGUUAUCAGAAUAUAAAUCCUUCCUAUUAUGUUCUUCCCUCUCGCACAGCAGUAGCUUUAACAGUUGCAGCAGCAAUACUACUACGUCCAAUAAUGGUAAUACAGAUUCGACUAAGAAUAAUUCAUCCAAGUCUAAGAAUAGAAGUUUUUACCAAACUUUUGAGGAGUUGAAGAAGGCAAACAAUUUGUUUUUCUAUUUGUAUGUCACCAUAUCCGUGCAUGGCUACAAUGAGAACAAGUACUACUUCAAGACGGAGAUCGCCAAGGUCAAUUUUUACGACCUCAACUAUUGUUGGUCGAAGCCAUCAAUGUUCCAAAUGAAAAUAAUGUACCCUUCACUGGCCCUCAUUGUGUUUGAGCUGAAAACUUAUGACACCGUAAAAAGCGAGCUCAUUGCUUGCGCCUGUUUCCCAGUUAAAUGUCUCCGAGAAGGCAUCCGAUUUGUUCCGCUGUGCGACAAAUACUUGAAGGACAUAAAAGGAUCCGGCAUUUUGGUUAAUCUAAAAAUUGGCACAAACGGCAACUGA